GUGCUUCUCCCAUGAUGCAUCGGUGACGUCACGAGCCUCUCAGGGACGUGGCAAAGGCUGACACUAAAUUCCCAAUUUUGUGGUGUUUUCUCCCGAUAGAAGACAUAUAUUGACUGAACAUGGGACUUACGCUUUCGACAGUGUUCUCUCGCCUCUUUGGCAAGAAACAAAUGCGAAUUUUGAUGGUUGGUCUUGAUGCUGCUGGUAAAACCACCAUCUUGUACAAGCUGAAAUUAGGAGAGAUUGUCACCACCAUCCCCACAAUUGGUUUCAACGUCGAAACGGUCGAGUACAAGAACAUCAGUUUCACAGUGUGGGACGUAGGCGGUCAGGACAAGAUCCGACCCCUGUGGAGACACUAUUUCCAGAAUACUCAGGGCCUCAUCUUCGUGGUGGACAGCAACGACAAGGAGAGAAUCACAGAAGCCUCAGACGAACUGGCAAAAAUGUUGCGUGAAGAUGAACUGCGAGAUGCAGUUUUACUAGUGUUUGCCAACAAGCAAGAUUUGCCGAAUGCCAUGACUGCUGCAGAGCUCACCGAUCGCCUAGGUCUUAACCAGUUGCGUAACAGGAGGUGGUAUAUCCAAGCAACUUGUGCAGUUCAAGGACAGGGUUUGUAUGAAGGUCUGGACUGGCUAUCCAAUGAAUUGUCCAAGAAGUAAUGAGUAUCGAUGUAUGUCUGUAUAUUUUAUUUGAUCUUUUUAUAUUACAGCUAGCUGCAUAUUGCAAAAUCUCAUGUAUAAGGUCUAUUACUAAAUUUUCAUUUUCUUGUUUUUGGAGAUUUAUGUUUUUUUUUCAAUGCAGAUUUGUUUUCUUUUAAAUAUUUAUUGGAGGUGAUUACAUUUUUGUUAAAGGAACAUGUUUUGUAUUCAUUUCAUUGAAAUAUUGCAAAAAAAUAAUCAGUAAUCUAGUUGAAGACUUGUGGACCCUUAUCUAGAAGUCAUAUUUUACGUAGUGGAGUACUCUUGUUCUACUUUAUGAAUGAAUAUAUAUAUUUUUAAAACGAAGGUCUGUGUGAUUUAUCUUCAGGCUGAAGUCUGACCAUUUCAAAAAUUGUUUAAUAGCAAAACUUAUGUUAUCCUAGUGGAACAUUGAACUUAUUGUGAUCAAACUCAUCAAAGUGAGAAUAGCUGUUCUCACAUUGUUAAUAACUUAAAUGGUGCAUUGGUACAACUCCAGUAUAGAUGGCUUCUAAGUUUACUGAAGAUUUGUGUAUUUUUUCACUGCACUUAAGGGGAAGAAAUCCUAAGAGAUAAAAGAGUGUACCAUAGCAAGACUUCCACAUCAAUUGCAGCUGCAGUCCUACCCUUCCACCCUAAACGUGUGAUUGUGUGCAUUUUGUUGAAUGUUAAAAUAUAGUUGCGGGGAUGAAUGCCAAUCCAUAGUAGCGUAAGGCUAUGUUCUCCUGAGACAACAACCGUAUAGAAUUACUGAAAUUUUAAUAUAACAUUUACUAUGUAUGGGGAGUGCUAACCUCCUGUAUGAUGUAGUUUGUAUAUUUUGGAAUAUAGAUUUUUGGGUUACCUAUACCAAGUGACACAAUCAGCCCAUUUGGUCAUAAGGCUUUCUUCUUGACCAGCUGGUGAUCAACACUACAGAAAGAGUUGAUAAUACAUCACAAUACAUACUAAGGCUUCAACAUUGUUAUGUACAUAUGCAGUAUGGCGGCAUUAUGGUGUUUUCCUUUCUGUUGAUCUUUGUGCUCACACUCCUGCAGGUUUUUUGUUAUUGAAUUUCAUUGUCAGUGUUUCAGGUUAUACUUGAUAAUAAAAGGCAAUGGAUGCAUUUUUUUCAUAAUAUUAGCUUAAAACACAAGCCAGGUAUGUGACUCUAUCACUCAUGUUAUUUGUUAUUUCUCUCUAUCCAGCAAGAUUUUAUUUUUCUGUGACAGAAUGUGUUCUAAUUUAUGUACUUUGACCUCAUCAUUGGAAAAGCAGGUGUCCUCUGCUCCUUUAGUACAUGGAUCUUAGGAAUUAUCACUGAGAAUCAAAGUGGUAUGUUCCACAUUAGAUAUCUAAAAAUUAAGCUGCCUGGGUUAGAAGACAUUCCUUGUUACUUUAUUCUUGUCUUUUGUCUUCUUAGACCAUGAGAGGACAAAGAUAGGUCAUAGUUUGUAACUUCUUAAUAAACAUGUUUGACAACA